UUUCAGACGUGCCUCUGACGGGAAAUCGAAAGUAAAAUAGGGAGCCAGUUGCUAGCCCCUGAGUCCCCUGAAAAGGCCACUGUAAGAUUUCCACAGUGCUGCUUUAACAGGCACAUUACCGCUAUGGCCUCAGCAAUGCCCUUGUCAAUGAUGUGGGAGGAGGUCACGUGCGCUAUCUGCCUGGAUCCCAUAAUGGAGCCUGUGAGCAUUGAAUGUGGCCACAGCUUCUGCCAAGAAUGCAUCUCUGAGGUUGGGAAAGAUGGGGGCAGUGUCUGUCCUGUGUGCCGGCACAAAUUCAUGCUCAGGAACCUCCGGCCCAAUCGGCAGCUAGCCAACAUGGUGGACAACCUUAGAAAAAUCAGCCAGGGUGCCAAGGAGGGCACACAGGAGGAGCGGUGUGGGGUGCAUGGAGAGAAACUUCACCUGUACUGUGAGGAAGAUGGAAAGGCCCUUUGCUUGGUGUGUUCCCAGUCCCGGAAACACCGUGACCACCCCAUGGUCCCUAUUGAGGAGGCUGCUCGGGAGUACCAGGAGAAGCUCCAGCUGGCAUUAGGGAAACUGAGAACAGAACAGGAGUUGGCUGAGAAGUUGGAAGUGGAUGUUGCAAUGAAGCGAGCAGAUUGGAAGAGGAAGGUUGAGACACACAAAUUGAGGAUUCACACAGAGUUUAUGCAGCAGAAAAACUUCCUGGCUGAAGAGGAACAGAGGCAACUGCAGAAGCUGGAGAAGGAAGAGAGGGAACAGCUGAGAACCCUGGGGGAGACGGAGGCCGAGCUGACCCAGCAGAGCCAGGUCCUGCAGGAGCUGAUCUCAGAGCUGGAAAGGAGGAGUCGGGGCUCAGCACUGGAGCUGCUGCAGGAGGUGAAAAGUGUCCUGGAAAGGAGUGAGUCUUGGAACCUGAAAACGCUGGACAUUGUCUCCCCAGACCUGAGGAAUGUGUGCCACGUGCCAGGGCUGAAGAGGAUGCUGAGGACCUGUGGAGUUCACAUCACUCUGGAUCCACAGACAGCCAAUCCAUGGCUCAUUCUUUCAGAGGAUAGGAGACAAGUGAGGCUUGGAGACACCCAGCAGAAAGUGCCUGAAAAGGAGGAGAGAUUUGAUACUUAUCCCAUGGUCCUGGGUGCCCAGCACUUCAACUCUGGAAAACUUUACUGGGAGGUAGAUGUGACAGGAAAGGAGGCCUGGGACCUGGGGGUUUGUAGAGACUCUGUGCAAAGGAAGGGAUAUUUUUUGCUUAGCCCCGAGAAUGGCUUCUGGACAAUUUGGCUGUUUAACAAACAAAAAUAUAAGGCUGGCACCUGCCCUGUGACUCCCCUCCACCUUCAGGUGCCUCCACGCCAAAUUGGGAUCUUCCUGGACUAUGAGGCCAGCACUGUCUCCUUCUAUAACAUCACUGACCAUGGCUCUCUCAUCUACACCUUCUCUGAAUGUGCCUUCGCUGGACCUCUGCGGCCCUUCUUCAAUCCUGGUUUCAAUGAUGGAGGGAAAAAUGCGGCCCCUCUAACCCUCUGUCCACUAACGAUGGGACGGUAGUGAUCCACUGUUGAUGGCUUUCUCUGGAUACCAACACUCCCUCUGUUGGUACCCCUACUCAGCCACUGACCCUGCCUCAUUUUCACCUGAAUUCCGAACCAUCUUUGUCUCUCCAGAGGUGUCAAGAUACCAGCAAGUAGACUUUGGCAAGGAGGUCACUGAAAGUCUAUGUCAAAUGAACUUCAACAUCAAUAUUCCUGCCCUAGAUUGCCUUAUGAUUCUCUCCAUGAAAGAAACUACUUAUAUUUAGCCCAAACUCAUCCAGAUCAACCAAAACAUUUUUCUACCUUCUU